AUGGUGGUAUCUGUUGGAGCCAAGGUUAAAUUCAAAGGUGAUCUCGGUGUGGUACGGUAUGCUGGGGAGACGCAUUUUGCCCCUGGUGUUUGGGUAGGUGUUGAAUUACUAGAUCAACCAAAUGGGAAGAAUGAUGGUUCGGUUAAUGGUGAAAGAUAUUUCCAAUGUGAAGAUAAAUAUGGGAUAUUUGUGAGGGAGCAUCUGGUAGAUGUGUUGGAAGCAAGACCAUUGAGUCCAAUCAAAGUGAAUAAGACAAGGGCUAGUUUACCAAAUGAUCCAACUCAUAGAAAAACGUCAUCAUCAUCAACAAGAUUAUCAUCUGCUAUGUCAUCUAGAACACCUUCAAGGGCAAGUGAAGGUGGAUCAAAUGAUUCUAAUUCAGAAUCUUUAAGAUUACGGAAUAUCAUACAGAAAUUACAAGAUAAAUUACAAGUUAUGAAAUCAGAUCUUGAUAUUCUACGAUCUCAAUUACAUCUGGUUGAAGCUAAAAAUAUUGAGUUAGAAGACACAAUAAAUAAGAAUAAAGAAGAUUUUGAAAUAUCAGCAGUUGAUAGGGAAACGUUGGAGGAACAAAAUGUACUUUUGAAAGAAGAGAUUGAAUCCUUAAGAGAGCAAAAUAGUAAAAUACGUGAACAAAUUAAAAGUUUAGAUAAAGAAGCUAAAUCAUCUAACAAUCCAAAACAUCAAGAUUUAUUGAAUGAAUCUAAAGAAUCUCUUAUUGAAAGAAAUUCGAUGCUUGAAGAUGCAUUGGUAAAACUUAGAGAUUAUUCAAAUAACCAGAAAACAACACUUCAACGGAAAAUUGAUGAACUUGAAUCGACACUCGAUCCAUUAAUGGAUAUAGAGGAAAAAUAUGAAGAAACUUCAAUCAAAUUAAUUGAUGCUGAAACUACAAUCUCAGAUUUGAAACUUCAUAUUGAAACUUCAAUACAUUCAACAGAGAUCAUUGACACCUUAACAAAUGAAAAUAACUCAUUGACUGAGGAAAAUGAAAAAUUGAAAUCAACUAUACAAGAAUUGGAAGAAUUAAGAAGAGUUGGAGAAGAACUUGAGAGUUUCCAUAUUGAAAAUACAAGUAACUUACAAAAAGAAAUUGAUCAAUUAAAAGAAAAUUUUGAAAAACAAACCAUUGGUGUUCAAGAUCUUCAAGAAUCUCAAGAAGAACUCAAGGCUAAAACAAUUGAAUUAGAAAAAAUCAAUGAGGCAUUAAAACAAACUACAAAUGGAUCAUCUGUGAAAUCUAAAGAGUCAAAUAACAACAGUAACACCAAUGAUUUAAAUAAAAAAGCUAUACAAUUAAAGAAUGAUUUAUUACUUGCAGAAUUGGAAUAUAGAAAGCAAUACAUAAUCUUCAUAGAAGAUACUUAUGGUAAAUCAGAUACAACAACGCACCAAAAUGAAGUCUUACGUUUGAAAUCAUAUGUCGAGACUUAUAAACUUUUAGCUCAAUAUCCAAACACUGAAUCAUCUGAUUUAUUUGUUAACGUCCUUGGUAUUAAAUUAAAAUAUCAAUUAUUGUUGUUUGCAGAAGAUCUUGAACUAUUAGCAUCAAUUCAUCAAUAUGCACAAUCAUUUACUAGUUUAGAUCUUGAGGAACUUUCAUCCAAGACAGAAUCAUUAAUUGAAUUAGUGAAAGAACAAGCUUUCAGAGGUUUACCUAAUUUCAAAGAAUUGAGAGAUUCUUUAUUCAAUCAAUUAUCUAAUGUAACAUCAUCAUUUUCAAAUUAUUUCCAAGGUAAAUGUGAAAUUAAACAAGAGUUAGAAACUGUCAACACAAUUUUGAAUGUUUUAGGUCUCAUAAAUGAUGAUGAAAUAUCUCGUAGAUUUUCAAUACCCAAAGGCUCAUUAAGUAAAUUAUAUCAAGUUAAUAACACAAGGAAACAAAAAUUGGAAACAAGUUUAGAAAGACUUCAAAUGCAAGAGGGAGAAGACCUUAAAGAAAUCACCAAGAUCGAGAUAAUAAGCUUCCAAGAUCAACUAGAAGGAUUUCUAAAACAUUUAUCUCAACUCCUAGCUACAAAUACUUCAGAUAGUUUACACCAAAAAAUCGAUACACUCUUAGAAUUUACAACUAAUCAUGUUGAUGAUCUAUUGAACUGGGAAUGGGAACAACCUGAUAAACAAACAUGGGUUUUAAAAGAAGUUAAAACAAAAUUAAUUGAUACCAAGGAAAUGAGUUCAUUACAACUAGAUUUAUCGAAUGCACAAGAGCUUGGAUCCAAAAAGGAUAAACAAAUUGAAGAAUUGACUUUGAAAAUUAAUGUCUUAAGCUCAAGAUUGAACAUAAGUAAAGAUACAGAAUCCCAAUUAAGAAAAUUAAAAAAUGAAGUAUCAAAUUUGAAUGAACUUAAUGAAGAAUUAAAUGGUAAAGUUUUCAAUUUAACAGAAUCCAAUGAAAAAAUGUCUAAAGAUUUACAAAAAGCUAAAACCAAUUCAUUGCUAUACAAUUCACAAUUUGAAUCACUCUAUGAACAAAAACAAUAUACUGAUAGGGCUGAAUUAGUCUCUGAAUUACAUGAUUUACGAAAUGUUGUUAAACUUUUAACUAAAAGAAAACAAAAACAAGAAAAUAGAAACUGGUUAAGAAUUGAAUUCCCAAAAUUCAAUCCUUAUGAAAAGACACAAGCUGAUGAAUUAAGAAAUAUUGGAAAAGAUUUACAACGUGCAGUUAAUAAUGCAAAACUUUAUUCAAUAACUGAUGGUGCUAAAUGA